AUGCGGUGUGUCAUUGAGGGUGUCUGGGAUAAGUGCGCAUGGAUUCUUGCCCAGCAUCUGCACGUGCCGAAGUGUUUCUCUCGCUGUACAUGCACCCACGAAGGAUUCUCCGGCUGUGCGGGGCGAUGUGCGAUGGAUAGUUCGGGGAGAGACAACAGUAAAACGACUGGCGGCAGUGCGUGUGGGCGUUGCUCUGUGUGCGCUGACGCGUGGAGGAAGCACCCGUUGUGGCUUUUACUGCUGGUGGCAGUCGCUGUGUGUUCCCGGUGCACUGUUCUUCCUUCUCGUUCCGUGUGUCUGUGUGCGUGA